GCAAUAAAGAAAGCAAGAGGUGGCCUCGGAGUGGCCCCGUCCCAUGAGCCGAGCCGAGCGACACAGAUGCACGCAGCAGGCUUCCCCACAGCUGCUUCCUUGCAGGCCGGAGGGAGGGAUCGAAUCGAAUAGAGCCGCGCUCAGCCUGCCGGUCGUUUUCCCUUCAACCACCGCGCGAUCUGCUGCAAAUCCUCCAUGCUUUCCCCAGCGGAAAAAGGAGAGAUACAGAUACUAGCUAGAUAUAUUAUCCUCCUGCUGCUGCUGCUGCACACCACAACAACCCACCCGCCGGUGCAAGUUCGUAGUGAUUCCAUUUCUUUUGUGACCAGCGCAAUUGAUAAUGCCGGCGUCGUCGUCGCCGUCGCCGUCGCCGCUCGAGAUCGUGACCUGCUCCGCUCUGGAGGAUCCGUGGUCACCAAUGAUGGCCAUCGCCGGCGACAAGUUCACGGUGGUGCAGCGGGUGCCGAGGGACGUCUCGGACGGCCUCCUCGGCAAGUUCGCGGACACCAGCGCGUUCGGCUUCGACUACGACCGCAGCGCGCUCUGGUCGCCGCUGGUGCUGCGUCCCGAGGCCAUGCUGCUCGCGCAGUGCCCGGCCGGGCGCCGCGGCCGACGGCGGCUACGAUGGCGGCAGCGUCGCCGGAACCGGAGGAAGGUGCUCUGCGGCUGCUGGCAAUGGUGGUGACGUCGCAUGCAAUGUUGCCUACGGACGUCGAAGCAUCUGGUCUGAAUCAUCCUGCAAACGUUCUGCCGCCGAUUCUUGGAUUUCUUCAUUCUUCUGCAGUAUUAUGCAUUCAAAGAGUCAAUACUGUUACCAUAUCGUCUCUCUAUGAUCAACGACGAUGGGAAGCUGAGGACGCUAUGUAAUGUAUAUGUAUGUAUACAUGCAGCAACGUAAGGUCCAAAUGUAAGAUGAAAUGAUUGUGUAAUGUAUAGUCACAGAUAAUUACAUUGUUUUUUCGAUGUGCACAUUGGACACGUAUCAUUGUGUUGUGAUUGUUGGAGGCAUCUUCAACAGGAAUGAAUACAGUAAUUACACUUGCUAAGUA